AUUCGUUUGCCUCCCGAUCGUUCGGGUCGCAAUCCAUGGCUUUUUCUUUUGAAGUAUCGCCUGGCGUUUCUUAGUUAAUAAUUUAAAUGGCCACAUUGUAUUUUUGCAUUUGUUGUAUAAAGUAAUUAUCAUAAGUUUUUCUCGAACUUUUGGAAACUGUUGUUGUCGCGUCGUUUAGACGUAUACACGAUACGUGAAAGUAAAAUAUGCGAAUCGACAUAUACAUAUGUCACCGGCCGGUAAUUUUGUAUUGAUGUAAGAGAUCCAAGAUUUAUUUCAUCUAAAAUUGUUGUGCGUUUUGCUACAUCAACAUGGUGACGCUACUAAAGACAAGAGGUCUGCGCAUGACAGCGCAGAAGCAGGAAACACUUUUAAAAUUAACUGUGCUUUCCUUAGCAGCAAUUUUAUCAUUUGCCACACGUUUGUUCUCAGUAUUAAGAUUUGAAAGUGUCAUUCAUGAAUUUGACCCAUACUUCAAUUAUCGUACCACAAAAUAUUUAGCUGAAAAUGGAUUCUAUAGUUUUCAUAAUUGGUUCGAUGAUCGCGUUUGGUAUCCACUUGGCAGGAUAAUAGGAGGAACUAUAUAUCCUGGUCUGAUGAUAACUUCAGCAGCAUUGUAUCGUAUCUCGUGGCUACUGAAUAUCACACUGGACAUACGCAACAUUUGUGUCUUCCUUGCUCCAUUAUUUUCAAGUUUAACAACAAUUAUUACCUAUCUGCUUACCAAAGAAUUAAAGGAUUCCGCAUCAGGCCUAUUUGCAGCUGCAAUGAUCGCAAUUGUACCUGGUUAUAUAUCUCGAUCAGUUGCAGGUUCUUAUGAUAAUGAAGGCAUAGCAAUCUUUUGUAUGCUAUUCACAUAUUACAUGUGGAUCAAAGCCGUGAAAACAGGAGCGAUAUGUUGGGCUACGUGUGCAGCACUGGCUUACUUUUAUAUGGUAUCUUCAUGGGGCGGAUAUGUCUUUUUGAUUAAUCUGAUUCCAUUACACGUAUUGACGUUGAUGGUGACUGGCAGAUUUUCCCACAGAAUAUAUAUCGCGUACAGUAUUUUGUAUUGUUUAGGAACAAUUUUAUCCAUGCAGAUCUCAUUUGUUGGUUUUCAACCCGUUCAAAGUUCUGAGCACAUGCUUGCUUUGGGCGUUUUUGGCCUUUGUCAAAUACAUGCAUUAGUAGAUUACUUGCGAAGUAAAUUAUCCCAAAAAGAAUUUGAGAUAUUAUUCCGUGCCUUGCUUAUUAUGGUGAUUAUGACGUCAUGCAUAGUUGGUGGUAUUUUAACUAUCACAGGAAAAAUAUCACCAUGGACUGGACGCUUUUAUUCCUUGCUUGACCCAUCUUAUGCAAAAAAUCAUAUUCCAAUAAUUGCUUCAGUUUCGGAACAUCAGCCAACAUCAUGGAGUUCCUUCUAUUUUGAUCUGCAAAUACUUGUAUUUUUAUUCCCAUCAGGCUUAUACUUCUGUUUUUCUAAGUUGACAGAUUCGAACAUUUUCUUAAUUUUGUAUGGAGUUACCAGUUUAUAUUUUGCAGGAGUAAUGGUACGUUUAAUGUUAGUACUUGCUCCAGUAAUGUGCAUUUUGGGUGGAAUUGGAGCAUCUUCUCUACUAGUUACUUAUAUGAAACAAGUUGAAAGUGGAAAAGUUGUUGAUAAAAAAGCCAAGAAGUUUGAAAAUAAUUACAUCUUAAGAAGUGAGAUUGCCUCAUUUUUCAUCGUAGUGAUGUCUAUACUCUUUUUAUCUUAUACCUUCCACUGCACGUGGGUUACAGCAGAGGCGUAUAGUUCGCCUAGCAUUGUAUUAUCUGCACGGUCGCCUGACGGUGGACGAAUGAUUUUCGAUGAUUUUAGAGAAGCUUACUAUUGGCUACGUAUGAAUACACCUGAGAAUGCUAAAAUAAUGUCUUGGUGGGACUAUGGGUAUCAGAUAACUGCAAUGGCAAAUCGUACUAUUUUAGUAGACAAUAAUACAUGGAAUAACACGCACAUAUCAAGAGUUGGUCAGGCAAUGGCAAGUUCCGAAGAAAAAGCUUACGAGAUCAUGAGAGAAUUAGACGUCAACUAUGUCCUUGUAAUUUUUGGAGGACUCACUGGUUACUCAUCAGAUGACAUAAAUAAGUUCCUAUGGAUGGUGCGCAUUGGCGGUAGUACAGAAAAAGGAAAAUCUAUAACCGAAUGGGAUUACUAUAACUCCGCGGGCGAAUUCCGAGUGGACAAAGAAGGAUCUCCAAUUUUGCUCAAUUGUCUCAUGUACAAAAUGUGUUAUUACAGAUUUGGUCAAGUCUACACUGAAGGCGGCAAGCCUUCAGGUUAUGACAGGGUAAGGAACAUGGAGAUUGGAAACAAAGAUUUUGAAUUGAAUACAUUAGAAGAAGCGUACACGACGGAGCACUGGCUCGUGCGAAUUUACAAAGUGAAAGAUUUGAAAAAUAGGGGAACUUAAAGUACUCUUAACAUCAGAAAUUGCAUAUACAAAAAUCUAUUGUCAUAACAUCAUAAAUCUUUUGACUUUCUAUUAACUUUCAGUUAUAUAUGAGUGUCAUGAUAAUUAUUAUGGAAAUUAAUACAUACAUGUAUUAUUGCUCAUUGCGUUAUAACUGAAAUUUUUAUAAAUGAAAUGUCAUAAAAAUAAAAGAUACAACAUAAAUAUAAAUAUUGCUAUAUGCAAUUUAUUAGAAUUUUGAAAUAUAUACGUUUAGCAUAUUUCGGCAGCGUCCUUAAAAAUCAUCAAAUAUUGUGAAUAACAUGACUAUUAAAA